CUGAGGCUCCAGCCGUCGCCGCAAAGUUUCCCGAGGAGACCCGCCUCCCCGGCCGCUGCGCAGGUGAGGAGGCAGGGAGUGGGUGAGGAGGACUCCCUGGUGGACAUCCGAGAAGGAGCUGAAAGCAGGAAUAACCUGUCCCCUCACCUCCCCAGCAAGGAAACCUUUCCACAAACAGGAGCGGCCAAGCAGGACCGAGCGCCCCCCCGGCCCCCACCAAACCUCUUCCCAGAGAGGGGGCAUGUGAGGCCUGACAGCUCAGCGGCGCCUGCCAGCAGCUGCAGCCCCGCGGCGAACAUCUGAACUCCUCAGCGGGGUAAUGGACCCCCUCCUUCCCCCCCAGAGACACAGCCUGAGUGGCAGCAACACCGAUCCUUUGGAGAGUGGCUCCCUCUCAGCUCUGUCACGCAAGAACGCUCUCUGCACCACAGCCCAUUCUGCCAAGUGACUUAAAGGGAUUAAAAAAAAAAAAAAACUUGGUAAAGAUAAAGGGGUAAAAGCCAAGCAGAAGCCUUUCAGAAGAGGUGGCGGCCAACAGACAAAAGGGCAAAAGUUGAAAGGGGGCAGCGAGGCCACCCUCCCAGGGACAGGCGCCGGGCCCUAGGGCAUGCCUGGGGAGCAGGGGCCCGGAACAUCCUCAGGCCGCGCACGGGAGCCCCGGGGCUGUGGGGGGCGCCCCCGCAGGCCCCUCAUUCGAGCCCCUCACUCCGGGAGGAGAAGCUGGCAGCGUCCGCAGCCUGGGGUGUGACAAGACACCGCUCCUGACUGCGGCCACGUCUCAACGUGAGGAGCCCGGCAGAGCGAAGCGCAGGGUCUCCUCCCUGAGCCCCGGGCGCCCCCCAGCGCCACCCAACACCCCAGGCCUGUGAUCCGCACCCCGGGUGCCAAGGCUGGUGGGCUGGGAUGUAAGCGUGGCCCAGGCCCACCUCAACGGAAACGCAGCAUCCAGGGCGGCGGGCUCCCAGGCUGCAGCGAAGGAGGUGUAGAGGCUGCAAGUCGGGGGAGGGGGGCCCGGCUCCGCCAGCCGUCCAUCAUGGUGGUGGCACACCCCACCGCCGCCGCCACCGCCACCGCCACGCCCGCCGCCACCGUCACGGCCACCGUCGUGAUGACCACGGCCACCAUGGACCUGCGGGACUGGCUUUUCCUCUGCUACGGGCUCAUCGCCUUCCUAACGGAGGUCAUCGACAGCACCACGUGCCCCUCCGUGUGCCGCUGCGACAAUGGCUUCAUCUACUGCAAUGACCGGGGGCUCACGUCCAUCCCCGCUGACAUCCCCGACGACGCCACCACUCUCUACCUGCAGAACAACCAGAUCAACAACGCCGGCAUCCCCCAGGACCUCAAGACCAAGGUCAACGUGCAGGUCAUCUACCUGUACGAGAACGACCUGGACGAGUUCCCCAUCAACCUGCCCCGCUCCCUGCGGGAGCUGCACCUGCAGGACAACAACGUGCGCACCAUCGCCCGGGACUCACUGGCCCGCAUCCCGCUGCUGGAGAAGCUGCACCUGGACGACAACUCCGUGUCCACCGUCAGCAUCGAGGAGGACGCCUUCGCCGACAGCAAGCAGCUCAAGCUGCUCUUCCUGAGCAGGAAUCACCUGAGCAGCAUUCCCUCGGGGCUGCCCCGCACGCUGGAGGAGCUGCGGCUGGACGACAACCGCAUCUCCACCAUCCCGCUGCACGCCUUCAAGGGCCUCAGCAGCCUGCGGCGCCUGGUACUGGAUGGCAACCUGCUGGCCAACCAGCGCAUCGCUGACGACACCUUCAGCCGUCUGCAGAACCUGACCGAGCUCUCGCUGGUGCGCAACUCGCUGGCCGCCCCGCCCCUCAACCUGCCCAGCGCCCGCCUGCAGAAGCUGUUCCUGCAGGACAAUGCCAUCAGCCACGUGCCCUACAACACGCUGGCCAAGAUGCGCGAGCUGGAGCGCCUGGACCUGUCCAACAACAACCUGACCACGCUCCCCCGCGGCCUGUUCGACGACCUGGAGAACCUAGCCCAGCUGCUGCUCCGGAACAACCCUUGGUUCUGCGGCUGUAACCUCCUGUGGCUGCGGGACUGGGUGAAGGCACGGGCGGCCGUGGUCAACGUGCGCGGUCUCAUGUGCCAGGGCCCCGAGAAGGUCCGGGGCAUGGCCAUCAAGGACAUCACCAGUGAGAUGGACGAGUGCUUCGAGGCGGGGGCGCAGGGCGGCGCAGUCAACGCCGCUGCCAAGACCACGCACGCCAGUGACCAUGCCUCUGUCACCACGCCCCAGGGCUCUCUCUUCACCCUCAAGGCCAAGAGGCCAGGGCUGCGCCUCCCCGACUCCAGCCUCGACUACCCCAUGGCCACGGGCGAUAGCGCCAAGACCCUGGCCAUCCACGUGAAGCCCCUGACGGCGGACUCCAUCCGCAUCACGUGGAAGGCCUCGCUGCCCGCCUCCUCCUUCCGGCUCAGCUGGCUGCGCCUGGGCCACAGCCCGGCUGUGGGCUCCAUCACGGAGACCCUAGUGCAGGGCGACAAGACAGAGUACCUGCUGACGGCCCUGGAGCCCAAGUCCACCUACAUCAUCUGCAUGGUCACCAUGGAGACGGGGAACACCUACGUGGCCGACGAGACGCCCGUGUGCGCCAAGGCGGAGACGGCCGACAGCUCCGGCCCCGCCACCACCCUCAACCAGGAGCAGAACGCUGACCCCAUGGCGGGCCUGCCCCUGGCGGGCAUCAUCGGUGGCGCCGUGGCCCUCGUCUUCCUCUUCCUGGUCCUCGGGGCCAUCUGCUGGUACGUGCACCGGGCCAGCGAGCUGCUGACCCGGGAGCGGGCCUACAACCGGGGCAGCCGGAAAAAGGAUGACUAUCUGGAGUCGGGGACCAAGAAGGAUAACUCCAUCUUGGAGAUCCGCGGCCCCGGGUUGCAGAUGCUGCCCAUCAACCCUUACCGGGCCAAAGAGGAGUAUGUGGUCCACACCAUCUUCCCCUCCAACGGCAGCAGCCUCUGCAAGGGCACACACACCAUCGGCUAUGGCACCACACGGGGCUAUCGCGACGGGGGCAUCCCCGACAUAGACUACUCCUACACCUGAGGCAGUGCCCCUCCCCUGCCUCCCGGCGCGGCUGCCGCGGUGGCGCUGUGACCAGCUGGCUGCCAUCCGACGGGAACCAGGCAAAGAAACUCCACGCUGACUUUCCCGGCGGAAAGCAGAGUUUGGGGAGGGUUGACAGUUUUGUAGGACACAACAGUGGGAAAAAAGUUGUUUUUUUUUUUUAAAGAAUAGAAGGCAGGAGGGAGGUUUGACGUUGCUGAAGACAUAAUUUAUACCAAAUUAUGCCAGGUGGGGAGGGAAAGACUGAAAAUAAUGUGGCAGGAAGGGUUGGGUCGGGGCUUUUUUUCCCCCCCUGAGCUGGGAAGAGACUACUUGUGCGUCUCACGCUCCGCGCACAGCCGUCACAGAGGAGCCGUUUCAGAAGCCGCUGGCACGAAGCCCUUCACCCAGCCCUCGCGGCUGGCUGCUCACUGGAGAGAUGACAUGAUGGAAGGUUUUCAGGCUUCUCACAAAGGAGAGGGGAAGAAAAGGAUCUUUUGCUAUGGAGAUAUUGUCCUGAAAUCUCUUCCCUGGUUCUUUCCAUGCCUUCUCCCCUUACAGAUUGGCAGAAAAGAGCAUGUCUUUCACGGCACUCUUUGAACAACGGUGUAGUAGAUUAAAAAGCAAGCUUCCUUUUUCCUAUACUGGAGCCCUCCUCAAUUCCAUGCAGCAUAGGAAUCACGGGAGCGCCAUGGAGGCUGUGGCUCUCCCAGCCACCUGGGGGUGCGUCUCUCGACCCGUCUAUGUUGAUGGGAUGUUUCUGUAUACAGAUGGGUAGAUACAGCCACGUAUACAGUCCUUACCGUCCUGCUUGGGUCAGUUCGUACAAUGUCCUGAGACAAUAGAGUCGUGAAGAUGUUGCUUUCUGCUAGCACCACUGAGUACGUGGACUGUGCUGAGGAUGGGAGCGGGGUGGGGGACAGUGCCGUUCCGGAAGGCGGAGGCGUGUCUGUCCUGGCCGGGUGGCUGGGGAGACCCUGGGCGAGCGGCAUUUCAGCUCAGUCCUAUCUCAGGGUGGCCGGGGCUGGGCCGAGCUCCUCUCUGGCGUCAGGAAGAGCUUUUCUGGGCCGCCCGCGCCCUCGUCUCUCCCUGCGCCGCAGACGCAGGCAUGUCAAGAGCUGCCGUGUGUGCAGUGUGCUUCCUCCAAGACAGGUAAUUGGUGCAGGGAUUUUUUUUUUCCCCCCAAUAUCAGCUGAUUAGACCUAAUGGUUUCCAUGGCUGCUCAAACAAAGCCCAGUAAAAGACAUGUCAAUUCUCAGAAAAGCCCUAGGAGACAGCAGCCGAGCCCCAACCCCCCUUCCAAGAAUAUAGAACACACUCAGCCGUGCCCACCCCGGGGGUCUCCGCUCUGGAGAAGGGAGGCCAGGUCUCUCUAAAAAUGCCAGCCUCCAAAAGGAUACUGACCGGAGCCCUCAGAAGAGUUGAGAUUUUUUUUCCCUCCCUCUGGAAUCAAUGCUGCCAUCAUUCAUCAGCUGACAGCGCUGUUUGGCGAGCCAUGAGAUUGAAACGAUGAUGAACUAAUGACAGCGAAUCUGGGAAGAAGAGAGGAGAGGGGCCUGGGGUUCUGAUGUCCACGGCGUUCCAGCCCUCGGAGAGCUGGGGGGUCACCGUUUGCCAAGGUGCCAGCUGUCCUGCACCCAGGAAGGGCGAUAUCAAAAGGAGAGGCGCUGGCCUGAGGGCAGAGAGGAUGAGAAGGGGUCCAGCCCCUGGCCGUGGCGUUUUCAAAAGACCUUGACUGCUCUGACAAAAGCCAAAGGCAGGAAGAGGAAGACAAACAGGAGUCACCGGGCUGCGAGGACAGGCCCAGGGCCCAGCUGCUCGCUCAACAUGAAAAGAGGCCGCUGGCCCCUCAGCGAAGAGGCCGGGGUUGAAAGGAACGGACCCGACGGCCGCGUGAGUGAGGUGGACGAGAGGCGCAGCGCUCAUCGCCGGGCGGGGAGGAUGGUCUCACCGAGCGGGGAUCCUCGACCCCGGGCUUGAGGGAGAGGCCGAGGGUCACCGACACAUUUCAUUCUAGACUCGAGCUUUUUCCCUUUUCCCACCUGAAGCUUUUUCUCCUACAAUGAAGUCAGGAGAGAAAGGCUUCCGAGCGUCAGUCUCACAUCUGGGUGAAGGUCGCCCUCCCUCUCCUUCCCCCGCCCCAGACACAGGCCCCUUCCCUGUGGCUCAGGGAGGGGCAGGGGGCCCCCGAAGCAGUGUCCAGGAGGAGAAGGGGCACUGGCCAGGGGUCAGAAGUUCAAGGUCUCUGCUGUUCCCUGAAUGCAGUCUUCUCCCUAAGGGCACCACUCCAGUCUCUGGCCAGUGUGCCAGCCCAGCCUCCCCGCUGCCAAACCCCCAUCCCAGCCACCAACAUGCUGGGUCCCCUGCUCUCCCUCCACAUAUGUCCUCCUUUCCCAAAGCCAACUGAGAGGUCAGAUCAUCCCCUUAGAGGCUGAGUGGGAAGGCAUUUGGGGAACCGCAGGAGACCCUACACAUCGAGGCUACGGGAGUACCGGCAGCUCUGAGAGCCUGCCUAUGCCAGCAGUGCCCUCCAAGCCAGGCCCGGGAGAUGACCACCCUCCUCCUCGUGCAAAGCAGGCCCAGGUCCCCCGCCCCCGCCCCAGCCUGAGGACAUAUCAGUCUCCUCCUCCCAGCUCCUGCACUCAGGGGCACGGGCCCACCUCACCCCGAGGGGAAGCCAGGUUCUUGCUGAAGGCAUCCUCCUGCCGGUUUAAAAGUGCUGGAGGCAGUGGAGACUCAGCCCAGCCAGGCCCCACGGGCCACCUCUCAUCUUUUCUCAGCAUCCUAGCACCUCUCCAGAACCCCUUCUGAGAACAAGCCUCCAAAUGUCAGCUGUCUCCCGGCACCCCCAGGCCAGGGACGGGGCCCUGAAGCCGGGUCCACUCUGAAGCCCCAUCCCCUCCUGGUCCAGGUUCCCCCUGGCCAGCCAGGUAACCUAACAAGAAAAGGUGUGCCAGGGCGCCCAGCCUCCCCCAGCCCCGAGAAGCACGUGAGGACACAGGGCCUGGGCCACCACUUCUGUCUAGAAUCUCCCUCUUGUGGGCGGCCCACCUGACCUUUGCAGCCUCUUAACUAGCCAGAACAAACCUCUGUGGCCUCAGCCCUGAUGAGUGUAUCUCGUGGUAUUUAAGGCAGGUUUCAAGUUUAAAAAAGAAAAAAAAAAAAGCCCGUGACACUUCUUUGGUUAAGUGGUUUACCCUUCGUGGUAAUUAGAUGUAGUGAUUGGAAUCUCUUUUCUAUUACAUGGCAAUUUUCCUUUAAAUUUCCCCUAAAAAAAAGGAAAGAGAGAAGGCGAGGAAAGCAGGCAGCGGGGCCAGGCGAGUCAUUUGCAUUUUGCGAAUGAGGCCUCUUGUAAGCUCAGCUCAGGCGUGGGGCCCAACGUAUGGAAUGCUUAAGAGAUUACUAAGAAUAAAAUCUAUUAAUUAGUCAUACUCAAUUCCGCAGACACGAUGUGCACCAGAAGCUCCUUUUCUUCCCUCUUCCUGCGGCCUCCCGAGGAAGCCUCCACCUUCUCUCGGUUGGCUCCUGCGUCCUGGACCGCCCCCCACUAACAGGGCAAGCUGCGUGGCCACCCAGGGGGCCUCCGGGCUUGGGGACAGGAGCUGGGGCGCCGGCUCCUUCCCGCUUUGGGUGACACUGGCAGGGAUGGUGACAGCGGCUGGGAAGAUGGCACGACUGGGGGGCCCAGGCUUCCGCUCCCUAAGUCCGAAGCCCACGCCUGCCUGUGCCUCCGCCUUCCUCGAUGGGCACCAAGCUACCCCCGCGGUCCCCUGUGGGUCCCGGGAAGCCCGACUGCCCCAGCAAGCAGCAGAGCACGAAAAGACAGGGAGGGUUUCCAGGCGGGGUCAGGGAAAGCCGGCUUUGCGAAUCCACAGCCUCUGUUUCCCCUUCUGUAAAGCAGGGAUGGGCUGAGGCCGGGUCUGGCUCCACCCAGAAAAGCUGGGUGCACCACAGGCAGAAAAGAGGCGCCCACUCCCCCUGCCCCACCCCUGUCUGCUGACUCUGGAAGGUUCUAGUUGGCCCAUGGCAGGUGAUGGAGGCCCAGAGUGAGAGGGCCUGGCCGGGUGAGGGGUCCUGGGGGGCUGAGGGGGCUGACUAGGGCCUCGAGAAGGGAAGGGGUGGCCGGGCAACAUGCCGAGACUGCGUCUGAGCCCCCUCCUUCACCCCCUCAGGGCUGCAGAGCGAGCAGAGGACACCGCCACCCCCCUCCAAUGGCAGCUCAAGUCCCAAAGCCAACCCCCUCCAGAAAUCUGCUUCCUGCUGAAUGUGCCAGGGAGGACGGGGCUUCUGAGCCUCGCGCUUAUGAAAAAUACAACAAGAAAAAUUGGAUGCGGCAGACAGGGAGCGACGGAGCUGAGAAGGCAGCCGGGGGAGAGCUGGGGCACUUGGAGGAAGGCAGGGCCUCAGGGCGCACAGUGGCUGAAGCCCCGAGGGCCAGACUGCGUUCUCAGGGGCUCAGGGUCAGCCGGGUGGCCAUACCGCCCCCCUACACUAAGAUCCGUGCAGGUGAUGGGAGCGGAUGCCUGGCACUGGAUCUGCGCCAGGGUGAAUGCUAACGAGCCAUUCACAGCCCAGCUCAGGCCUUCCAGAAUGCAGGCAGAGGAGGCAUCUUUUUUCUUAAGGAGGGAUAAAAAGGCUCAAAAAUGCAAAUCAUUACCAUUUACAACCAAGCAAGUCUGCUAAAUUGAUUAGGAAAGAUUAAACUCCUUGGAGGUGAAGGGAAAGGGGGAUUUUUCGCAUUUUAUGAACCUGCUCCCAGUGGUUGUAGGCAGAGCGCAGGUUGGCUGGGCCUGGCUCGCGGGGAGCUGAGGAUCUCUGAAGGCUGGCCCCACGCCUGCUCCAGCACUCGGGAUACGCUGAGGUGGACAGAGCCUGGAGGGGAAAGCAGGUUUGCUUCCAUCAAGUGCCGUGGGAUGGGGGGCUGUCCUGGCCCCCAGCAGAGACUCUAUUCGCCCCUACAACCCUCUAGAUCCCAUCUGCCUUCAGGGUGAAAAGCUAGGGGACCUUUGUGAGCAGGACUGUAAAGCCAUGAGCCUUUCUGCUUCCUUUCUGUUCCAGGGCAGGUCUGUCUCUGAUCCCUUCCCUGCAGCCAGUGAAGGGGAAGUGGGGCCAACUGUAGAGAGAGAACUGAAGGUCAGGGAAGAGAGAGCUGGCCCAGCAGAGAGAGGCAGUGAGCUCCCUGUCACUGGGAGCAUUCAAGCACUUGAUGGGGACGUGGCAGGUACUUUCCUGCCUAUACCAGCACCUGGUUCUUGGACGAGAAAAUCUCGGCUCUUACUCUUACUUUACCAUCCCUGAGGACCGUGUAAGAAAGAUAUCAGGAGAUUGCUCAAAAUGACACGUGUCCCCUGAAAAUCGCAGGUCAGGGCCAUCCCACAGCCAGGCCACCUAGCCACGGCAGAGGGCUGCUUAGACACCAGACAGCCUGCAGAAUCCCCAUCCUCAGUGUCUAAGGGACACCCAGAGAGGAAGUCUAGACACAUGCCGCCCUGUCUCGGAGUCGGGAGCCCAGAGGGUGACCCGCCACCUGGGCUGGCUCUCCUGGAGCAUCUAGGGGGCUGCCUCCUGGGCACUGAAGCUCCCAUCCCACUGGCUGCUCCCCCAGCAACAUGCUCGAGGCUGCCGGCUCAGUGCCUCCGUCCCAGCCAGGUUGACGGCUGCCUGGGGCGCUUUUCACUCUCCGUUUUUAAGCAUUUACCAUUUCUUUUGAAAUGUUCUAAGUAGUUGCCUGAAAUACCCACAUUUGCUUCUUUAAAAACACUCAAGAAGAUUCCCUUGGCUCUUGAUUUUCCCUCCCUUUUCUUCCGCCCUCCCUUUGCAUUUUUAAUACACUGUUUUUCUCUAGUUUCAGAAAUUCUAUUAUCGCUGGGGCCAGGCCCAUUUUCUCAUAUUAAUGUGAUUUGCAGGACUGCCCAAAAACCCCAUCUCCAGUUUUGCAGGGGCAAAGCCCGCCUUUGCCCAGGUCCCCUCUGCAGGCAUCGUGCCCAGGGCAAGCAGAUCUUUACCUGCCUGAUGCCUUGCUGAUCAGCAGAGUGGAUGCACUGCUCCCCGUGGGAGAGCCUGCCAGGCCAGGGGCCUCUUGGGACCACUGUCACUACCCCCCACCCCGUUUCUCGUGCUGAGAGAGCAGUGUGGACAUACGAGGGCACUGGGGGUCCUGUGGGGGGGGCUGGCCUGGCCCCCACUUCCUGGCAGAGCCAGUCUCUGAGGCACUGAGGCCUUCAGAGCCAUCCUGGUGCCAGGGCCCCUGUCCCUCCCACACCCACCCAUGCCGCCCCCACACCUGAAAGCCCGAACGUCCAAGCCCAGGGCAUCCUUGCGGGAAGGUCCUUGCGGUCACUGCCCCUAAAUCUCUUUUAUGGCUAUCAGGGUGGACGGCCACUCAGGCAAGAUGCCAGGUCCCCGCGCUCCUCCACGCGGGGUCACCGAGGCCCGGGACAGCGCCUGACAUGCAGGGUGUCCCUCUCCUCUUCCUCCAUCCUCGCGAGUCCCCGGUUUCAGUGCAAAGGGCCUGGGCGGGUGUGAUGGAAACUGUACCCACGCCGCUGGCAGCCUUAGCGGGACUCCUCCUCCCCCAAAAUUGUACUCCACCCUCCCUUGCACCCAGCGAUCAGCAGCCGCGAGCCUGUUGGGGAAAUCCAGCCACGGGUGAGACCCAGCCGCCCGCCUGGGGGACCCGGUUCCCCCUCUCUGAGCCGAGCCUCAGGUGGCUGAUGAGGAGGGCAGAGAACUGGGUGUCCUGCCUUGUCUGACGCUCCCGUCAAGAGUCCCCACAUCCGAGCCGCCCACCUGGAUGACCCAACAAGGCUCUCCUCAAGACGGAGGAAAACAAAUGCAACCCAAGCCAGCGAUGAAAGACACAGCAGGGCUGCCACCUGCUCAUCUCUGGGAAGCCAGUGGUCCAGGGCACUCCUCAGUGCCCUGUGUGGAGGACACGCCUGCAGAGGGUCCCAGAGACCACCCACCUCCGCUGGUCCCGUUUUCAAAAGGUCCUGAGAACCCAGGAAGAAGACACACAAAACCCUGGACCUAGCUUAGAUUUUUUUUUUUAACCCAGCCCGGCACACCACCUGCCCGCAGGCCAGCAGCCUCAGCUGAGAAGGCCAUCUAGCGUCCAGGAGAUACUGAGAGCCCCGGGGAGGAAGCAGAAGUGCCCAGCGUUAGAAGUUUGCCAUCUGAGAGGCAGAGAAGGGGGCAGAUGGAGUGGAAGGCUGGGGACGGCUGCGGAGCUGCGACCACGGGCGAGCCAGAGAGACAGUGCGGUUGCGCCACUCUGCUGGCUGGGGCGGGCGCCCCCUAAUUCCAAACAUCCCCAGGCGGGUAUGAACAGGGACAGGAAGGAGAAGAGUAAACUAAGGAAACCCCACGCGUACACCCUGCAGAGCAAAUGUUUUUAAGAGCCACCAACUGCAAUCUCCCCUCCCAAUGUUCAAAGGUUACCGUAUCUCAUGAGGUGUGGUAUGAUAACGCACUGGUGGGGUUGGGGGUGGCCGGGGGACUCAGCAGAAUCCUUCCCUCACAGCCUGGGGAGGAAGACAGCAGGGAGGGGUCCUUGGGCAGAGCCUGAUAAAUGAAGCGGGUCCCUCUGCCGCAGAAGGCGGAUGCCUGGCCAGCCCAUGGCCCGGGGAGGGUGGGGCUGCGACCAAGGUCCCUUCUGCCAUCUGAGAGACCGCAGCUGGGGCACCCCCGCUUCCCUUGAGUCCCUGCACUUCCACCCCUGCAGAAUCAGCCCCUGGCCACCCCCAUCUUCUUCAUUUCCCUCCAAAGGGCAGAGCAGUCUCGGGGGUCUGAGUGGUGGGACUGCUCCCGCCGCUGCCUGCUGCUGUCUGACUCCUGGCUGGCUGACCCGGCCUGGCACCGGGGCCCACCUGCCCCCCUCCCAGCCUCACCACUGGACACACGAACACCCAUCACGACGCCAACACAAACCAAAGUGCACUGCGAACUGCCCUUGGGCCUCCUUCCUGUAGGUGCCUUGAAACUUCAAUGUUGAGACGAAUGUGAUGAACUUAUUUGGUCCUAUUUCUGUUUGUCUCUUUUCAUAUAAAAUGUCCAAGUCCACUUUCCUUGUCCUUUUCUUGAAAUAAAUAGAAAGAUUUAACUUU